GCUGCCGCUUCCGGAAGUGGAUCUUGUCUCCUCCCAAGCGGAGCGUUUGUGCCUGAACCUGCCGGGACUGCGACGGUAUCGCAGUGCUGCAGAAUCCCGGGGGCCAAGGGCGGGCUGCUUGCCGCUAUGGCUGGCAGUCAGGAUAUAUUCGAUUCCAUCGUGAUGGCGGAUGAGAGGUUUCAUGGGGAAGGGUAUCGGGAAGGCUACGAAGAAGGCAGUAGUUUGGGUGUGAUGGAAGGAAGGCAACAUGGCACGCUGCAUGGAGCCAAAAUCGGGUCUGAGAUCGGGUGCUACCAGGGUUUUGCUUUUGCAUGGAAAUGUCUACUGCACAGUUGCACCACUGAGAAGGACAGCCGAAAGAUGAAGGUCUUAGAAUCAUUGAUUGGAAUGAUCCAGAAAUUCCCUUAUGAUGACCCUACUUAUGAUAAACUCCAUGAAGACUUAGACAAAAUCAGGGGAAAAUUUAAACAGUUUUGUUCAUUACUCAACGUUCAGCCAGACUUUAAAAUUAGUGCAGAAGGUUCCGGACUUUCAUUUUGAGAACGAUGGAUGAACAGAGACGGAACAUCGAGGAACAGAUGUGUGUGUGACAAGUUUAGAAAUGCGGCGAAGGGCCAGACGGUGCUGGGAAGGCCGUCGUUCAGUGGGAGGGUGAGGCUUCCGGUUCGGCCGCGGGAGGGCCUCCUUCCCCGGGGUUUUUUGCCUGUGUCAUCUCGGUGCCCGCCGUGGGGCCUCUUCACACAUGCCCUUUGUUGGGCUGAAGCCAUCCCUGGCAGAGCCCUCGCGCGGCUGCUCCCUGCUGGGCCCACGUGCAUUGGCCUGACGACCUCUUCGGCAGCACAGGCCUGGCUGGCUCUGGCCUGGGGUUGGCUCUGGAUAGGGUCAGUCCCCAGGCCUGGACUCGAGGCAGGUUUUUACAUUUUUUUUUGCAAUGAGAGAGACAGUUGGCCCUCAGCGAGGCUCGUGGGAGGUCUGGACGGUUGCUGUGCCGCAUGUCGAAGCCGAUUGUGCACCAGGCACUGCGGGACGUACGUCUCGUGUUUUAUUUAAUCCCUUCAGGAGCCCACGGGGUGGGUGUUACUCCCAUUUUACAGAGGAAGAAGGUGAGACAAGAAGGGGUUGCCUGGUCUGAGGGCAGCCAGCAGCAGAGCUAGGACUUCCGCCCCCAGGCUGUGCCUCACCGCCACCAGGCACAGCCGCCUCUGGAAUGCACAGGCCGGCACCUCAGCGCUGGGAGUCCCUGCCCUCCCUCCCAGGCCGCAUGGGUCCUGCUGAGCCUCGCGGAGCACGGGGGAGUCCGUGGUGGCCAGUUUGCCUGGCCAUCUGGCUGAGAGGAAGAAAGGCCAGCCCGAUCCUGAGGGGACCCGGACAUAUCCUUCACACUGUCCCCAGAGGGUACAUUAAAAAAUGGUGAAGGGGGGAAAUAUUUUGAACCAAAGACCAAAUGUUAGGCGGCCGUUAUAUUUGCAGAAACUGAGAACCGUGUGUACAGGCUCCUGCAUUCUCCCCUCUCCUAGGCGCUCUUUUGUCUCUGUCGGUCCUUAACGAGGUGUCAUACAGAGACAGCGGGCUGGGCACAGAUGAGCGGAGUGGAUGGUUCGGUGGGUCCCCACGAGGGCAUUUCGGAUCUGGAUAUGAAGGAAGACAUGUGCCCUAGAUUUCUGCCAGCUCGUCUCCUUAACCCAGCGUAGACACAGCCGCUGCGAGAGUGGUUCCAUUGUGCCGGGGACUGGUCAGCUCCUGCUCACCUGGCCCAGCUCUUACUCAUCCACCCCCUCCGAGACAUCUCUAUCCCCGCUGUCCCCGACCUUCUCUCCCCUCCUCUUUUUUUUUUUCUUCUCCCAUCUCUGUCUCCUGUUCUCUCUCCCUACUCCCUGUCUGCCUCUUCGGUACAGCUGGCUGAGCAGCAGACUGCCACUUCCUCCUCUGGUUUGCCUCACAGGGAGCCAGGAUUGCCUCAUCUUCAAGAUUCUCACACACUGUGCUGACCUGUGCCUGCCUGGCCCCUUUCUAGAGGACGAGACCCAGUUUCCAGGAUCCCUUGGUCACCCCCGACAUUGUGGUACAGACAGAGCCCACUGUAACAGGUGCUUCCAUCCUAUCCAGACAACGCCAUCCUCAGCCUCUACCCUGGGAAUGAGCAUGUCUGUGUCUUCUCUUCUGCUAAUGAGGUGUUAGUAGAGGGUCCGACCAGUCCCCAGCACAGUGGGCCCACUCUUAGAAUGACUGUGUGUCUGUACUGGGUUAAGGAGAUGAGUUGGCAGAAGGUCCUGCGGGGGCUUCUGGGAAAGGUUACGUCAUUCCAAAGAAAAGGUGCUGGUGCUAUUUUGAACAUCAUCCUGUUGGGAUGUGACAGCUAGAACUGCUCCAGUCAUCUUGCAAGCUGGCUACAGCUGAAGCCACCCCGAGCCUGACAGAGUGAAGAGCUAGGAAGAACCUGCGUCCUCGAUACCACCGUGUGCUGUUCCCAGCAGCCCUGAGCCACCUUGCUCGCACUUUGGCAAGAAAAGAAUGAGGAGAUACGGAAGAAGGGACGAGAGGCCUAUUUGCCCGGUGGCUGCUGCUGGCCCGCCCUUUACCGGGAUUAUCCACCAGUGCUAGAGGCAGGGCUACCACCCUCGCUUUGCAGAGAUACUGAGGACAAGUCCAGUGGUCACAGGCAGGUGCCUGUGGAGCCAACACACCGACCACCCUGGCUCCACUUUCCACCCUGGGAGGAGUGCUCUACAAGGCAGGAAGGGUAGACAGCAGGUGCUUCAUAAAGGCCAGAGAUUCGACCUACAGCUGACAAGUAGUAACCAUCAGUGACAUGGGACCUGAGCUUCCACUUGGCUUGGGGUAAGGACAGACCAACCUCACAGAUGGGUCCAGGAGCAGUGACCAAGGUCCGCGGACACCUUCCCAGGGCACUCCCACUACCCACUUCCACCCCGGGGUUUCAAGUUAGGUUCAGUCACGUGCACCUGAAAUCCAGAGGUGGAUGUCACGGGCAUCCUAUAAGGCAGCCUCCAGGUCUCCACAAUCCCAGUGAAGGGCCACCCUGGAUCACAGCCCUGACACGGUGCUUUGCUCUCCUGGAGCCUGGCGUUGCCAAAGGGUCAUGAUUCAUCCAGAGCAAACAGCAGUUUGUGCCAGAAGAGGGUUAACAAAUGCCGGCUUUAUUUAUUUUCCUAUCUGCAAAUAACCUGAGAAGACAAACUGGUGGGGCAAGCAAGGGAUGGAAGAUGUUCCCAAUCAAUGGGCACCACUCACGUCACCCAGGCUGGAGCUGUUGUCUCGCGUGGUUGGAGGUGGGCUCACCCAGCCAGGCUGCCUGCAAACUAUUCUUUUGCAGUCCCCCUCCCACCUCACACCCCUGUGCUCAGGGCUUCCUCCCAGUUGGAAAGGGUGUGCCUGCUCCUGGCUGGAUUCUGUCCCCACCCCCGGGGAUGUGGCAGUGUCAGGAGACAUUCUUGGUUGUCACAGCGGGUGGCGUGACUGUCAUCCUGUGGGUGGAGGUCAGGAUGCCGCUGAACUUCCCGCAGUGCACGGGACAGGCUGUGGCCUCCCGCAUCUGCCGAGCCUGCCACCCUGCCCUGGUUCUGGGGCACCGGGACACGCGCCCCUGGCUCCCGGCCAGCCCAGGAAGCAAACAGGCGGGCACCAUGCUGGGGUUUUACCAGUUUUAUUUCUAGACUUUCACGUUUGUCUUUUUGUCUUCUGCUGGAAACAUGCCGGUUACAUGUUGGUGCUGGGAAGCGCCGCGGUGCAACCAGAAACACACGGACCCAGCCGCCCGCCGCCCAGACCCUCAGACUUGCGCGUCACAGGACAGACUCCACUGUGCCCCGUGCACUUGCCACCAGCCUUUGGCCUCUCGAUACACACAACAUCCAGGACUUGUGCCCUUGCCCCAUCACGACAGACAAAGCGUCCCUCAAGGCCCUCGCGUGGUUCAGACAGACGCCGCAGCCAGGAUGGUUGAGGUAAGCGUGAGCCGUGUUCUGGAGGGGUGGGGCGGGACGGUCCUGUGCCCACGAUGGCCUCUGAGCACAGGAUGACCCUGCCAGGGCAGGGCCCCAGCCACGCGGGCCCGCAGUGGGGUGCAAAUUCUUUUGGUUCGGCAGCUUGCUAGGUGACCCGGGCACAUAGCACUGUGAGCUGGCUUCAUUGAGAUUUGGAGUCUCUUUAAAUUAGCAUUAUGCUGUAAUUAA